AUCAAUUCGGUUGAGGGUUCCACGGCAGCGGCGGCGGCAACAACCAGCGCGGUCGGCCAUCGAGUGACCCACCCCUGCCUAUCCCUUCCGGAGUCCACACCCAACCAAUUUGCCUUAGAACGGAGUGCACCAUGGGAGAACUCCAUGCUCGGUACAAGUAUAGAGCGGACCGCAUGACAUAUGCGUGUCCUGGCGAAGACGAAGGCAAGACGCGUGGUCAGCAGUCGCGUCCACUUUUGGAGAAGCGUGUGCGCAGCUACAUGUCGUUCACCCUGUCUUCGGACCUGUUUCGCCGCGUGCGGUCUGACUUGAACAACGUCCAGAUCCUCAAGCUCGGUGGGUUCGACCUUGGCGACCGCGGCGCGUGGGUGCUCGGGAAGGCAUUGGCGUCCAACGAAAGUCUCGGAUUAUUGGACCUCGGUUUCAACGGCAUCACGUGCAAAGGCGUCGAGCAGAUUGCAGACGCCCUCGAGGAAGGAAAGAAUCGGACACUCAAGACGCUGUACCUCAGUGGCAAUGGCGUUGGCGUCGGCGGGGCGGCGCGGCUGAGUGCCGCGUUGCGGUCCAACCACUCGCUCAAGACGCUGUACCUCAGUGGAAACGGCAUCGGGGACGAAGGAGUGAAGCAUCUCGCCGACAUGCUGCGGGUCAACACGACGCUCACAUCGUUGUACCUGGGGACGAACGGGAUUGGGAGCGGCGGCAUGGCACACUUGGCGGACGCGCUCACAGUCAACCACCACGUGGAAGAGCUCAUGCUGAGCCAGAACCGGAUCGAAUCCGCCGGGGUGCACAGCCUCGUGGACGCGUUCUCGACGGCGAUCCUUCCGCUGCAGACCCUCGAAAUCGGGUUCAACAACAUCGACGCCGCGGGGGUGAUCGCGCUGGCCGAAAUGCUCGAGAGUCGACCGAAUCGGCUGCAGAACCUCUACCUGGACAACAAUCCCGUGGGCGAUGCCGGCGCCGCCGCCCUUGGCCGCUGCAUUGCCACGACCACAUCCCUUCGGGUGCUAGACCUGAGCUACGCGCACUUGAGUCUCCUGGGCUUUCGGGACUUGUGCAUGGGGCUACGCGAGUCGAAAACUCUCAUGGGAUUGCUUCUGGAUGGGCAUGACUGGGCGUCCACCAAGUACAUGCAGCGGCCGCCGCCCAACGUGGCGUCGCUGGCUAAAGACGACGCGUACCAGUACGCGGCCAAGUGCAUCGUCACCGCGCUCCAGAUCAACCCGUCGCUGCCGCUAGUCAAGUUGACGGGGGUCAACUUGAGCUUUGCCCCGGGUGGGUUCAAUGUAGAUGUGCCCGAAGCGGUCGAGCUCACAGCGCCCCAGCCGGUAUGUGCGUUGAACGAGCGUAUCAUGGACCACGUGAGGCGGUUGGCGGUGCCAGACAGUGUCGCAGAAACUUCUGCAGACACGGGGGAGAGGGAGGCUACUACGAGUCGAGAGGGGGCGGUGGUGGACCAGUCGCGCAAGGUGCUAGACAAGAUUGCCGCGCUCCCGUUCGAUGCGGACGAACUGAACGCUCUCUGUGCAUACUAUUGCGCAGACUUGCUCCAGCCCCCUCGAAACGAUGUCGCACAUCACCCGACCAAGCGGCGGAGGCUUUCGGUCGACCACUCGAACGAAGCCAUCGUCAGCAGCAGCACCAGCACCAGCAGCCAACACCACAACACGAGCCCAUGCCGCGUCGCCGUGUAUCCUCGAGUCGAGGUACGUAUUGUCGUCGUCUGUCCUGUGAACCAUUGCGUUGGGAAUGCACAAAAGGCAAGAUACAUACCAUGUUGUGUAGAGUCGGCUGCGGACGUUGGCGCGAACAACAGCAGACGAACAAGAGCGGCACUGCAAAGUUCUCACGGUGCUCCGCCAGUUGCACUAUUUAGUCAAGUCGCUUCAAACGAUGAAGCAUGCUUCUGCACUCAUCGACACUGUGCUCGGCGACGAGGCAGAUGGGCGUGUCGCCAGCGCAAGUAGCAGUAGCUCCGCGUCGCCGUCAUAAUGAACACAAUCAUGUGAAAUGUCCA